AUGUGUACAUUAGAUUGUAACAGCAGUUAUCAUGUACAGCUGGUCAAUCCCGUCCAGGUCAGAAUGAACUUGUCGAUGGGCGUCACACAGAUCUUCGUCUGGCCUUUCAUCUACAUCAACAUCAUCAUGCUGUUCACCUUCUACAGAAAACAGGCUUUCAGAACUGAAACUCGCUACAUAUUGUUCGCUCAUACCUUAAUUUUGGACCUGAUCUUUUUGAUACUGACUGAUUUUGUGGUCCUUAUAUCAUACAACUAUGUACUGAUGCCCGUGGCACUGUGCAUUCCGUUGUGCAUGCUUAUGGAGGCAGUUACAACAUGCACACCAUUAACUAUCACUGCAAUGUGUGUGGAGCGAUACAUAGCUAUCUGCAUGCCUCUCAGACACAAUGCCAUCUCUACGGUCAGCAGGACCCUUACUGCUAUUUUUGUCAUUUGGAUUAUCAGCAUCAUACAGCCAUUUGUGGACCUGUUUAUCCUCGUUGCAACCACCUCACAAGAUUAUCUGUUGGAGCUUACCUUCUGUCAUUAUGAGAUCAUGAUGACAGAGAACUGGCAACGGUUCAUGAGGGGUAUUUUAUAUAUUAUAACUUUCAUCAUUAUUUUUCUUAUCGAGCUGUUUUGCUAUGUGAUGAUUGUACUUGCUGCCCGGGCAGCCUCUACUGACAAGAAGUCCGCUGUUAAGGGUCUCCGGACCAUCUCUCUACACAUGCUCCAGCUUUUUCUGUGUACCAUUGCGAGUGUUUGUCCCUAUAUUGAAGAAGUAGUCAUUAACACAGAUAUAGAGGUAUAUUUGUCAGUUCGCUUUUUUAAUUUUAUAUUAUUUAAUGUUAUAGCCAAAGCGGUAAGUCCACUUGUUUAUGGACUCAGAGAUGAGAAAUUUUAUGCAACUAUGAAGUACUACAUCAGAUGUAAACAAACUCAAGUUUCAUCUGAAAGUCAAGAACCAAACACAUAGAAAAUCUGUGGAAA